AAGGGUGGGACAGGUGUAGAGUGCAGAGAGAGUGUAAGUCUAAAGGGCAGAACUACUGACUUGGGUUUAAGACUUCAACAAUGCGACUGAAAGUGUUACGUAGACAUGGAGACAAGAACAGGAUGAAGAACCACAACUUCUGACAGCUUACCCAGGAAAACUACUAUGGGAUACUAACGCUAAACUUUUGUUUUUUUUUGCAAAUCAAAGCGAGCUGUAAAGAAUGGCAAAAGAAGCAACUGGUUGGAAUACAAACUGGAUUAAAAAUUGAGAUCGAUCAUAAUUUAGACUGGCAUGGGCAGCUUUACCUGUGGUUCUCACCGGGUAUAAGCCUGACCUGAUGUAUCAGUUUGUGUAAAUAGUCCUAGUUUUUUAUUGACACAACUUGGGAGGAACCAGUUUUUGUUGCACACAGACGUCUUGGAUCAGCUGUUUCAACCUCAAAGUUCGUUUUGUGUGUAUUUAUAUUCCUGCCUUCACCAUGAAGUCUGUAGGGCCGGAGAGAGACUCUUUCGACUUCCUCUUUAAAAUCAUCCUGGUUGGGGACUCGGAUGUGGGGAAGACCUGUGUGGUCCAGAGCUUUAAGUCUGGCAUAUUUAUAGAGAAGCAGCAGAACACUAUCGGAGUCGACUUUACUGUUCGUACACUGGACAUCGAUGGCAGGAAAGUGAAGAUGCAGGUGUGGGACACAGCUGGACAGGAGCGUUUCCGCACCAUAACUCAGAGCUACUAUCGCAGCGCCCACGGGGCCAUGGUGGCCUACGACAUCACACGACGCCCCACUUUUGAUUCUGUUUCCCACUGGAUCAGGGAGGUGGAGCAGUAUGGAGCUGCAGGAGUGGUGCUGAUCCUCAUUGGUAAUAAGUCAGACCUCCAUGCUCAGAGGCAGGUGUUGUUUGAGGACGCGUGUACUCUGGCAGAAAACAACAGCGCUCUGGCUGCACUGGAAACCUCGGCCAAGGAGGCGCAGAACGUUGACGCGGCCUUCGUCCUCAUGGCCAGGGAGCUGCUGGCACGCAACGGCAUGGCGAUCACAGAUGAGCUUUCGCAAGGUUCACCUCAAUUCAUGUUGAGUAACAGCUCCCACCCAGUCGAUGGCACUGUGUCUUCAGAGAAAAAGUGUGGGUGCUGAGCAGACUGAAGAGGGGACAAGUUGUUUGAACUUUUUUGAAAAAAUGAGACUAGCCUCGUGUGUAUGAAAACUCCCUCCAUUAGACCGAAGGUUAUUCAUGUAUGCACGUUUAGGAAAAAACUCCAUACAGUAUGUUGUAUAGUGUGUUAAUAUAGGUUUUUGAAUUUACAUUAUUAUUUACAGUCCAUGGUCAGUCACAUGUAUCUCAUGGAGAUUGCUUAUCACAAAUCCUGCUGAUGAAUGUGAGAGUGACUCCGUCAUCACACACUGCAGCUCAGCUGGAGGACGGACUGAACAUAAACACAAACAAUGUUUACACUUCACAAGAAACGUUUUGAGCCUGUCAUCCUUUUUAAUGAUCUUUUAUACAGUAUGGCUUUUACAAUGCAUCAGAAGAGUUCCACAGUUUGAACCUGCAUUUUGACAAACACUAUCUGAAAUGUACACUUUGGCUGCAACUGUUAUCACAUUGUCUAUCCCCCAGAUACAAAAAGACAUUCAAGCUAACCCUUGUAAAGAUUUUAUAGCGAAAACUUCAAGACAGUAAAAUGGUACCCUUUUAAUCCCUCAUACUUGUACAAUUUAAAGAAGUUCACAAAAUAACAUUUAAAAUGACUCUAAACUUGAUUAAGGCCAAAAAAAAAA